GCUGUUGAAGAUCUUGAAGGUCUUGUUGUGCAAUGCAUGUUUGAGCUAUCUAAGGCAAAUCUUGCAUCCACAGGCUAUAAACUUCGGAAACAGAUCUCCAAAGCCAUUGUGAAACAUUCUGGUGCAAUCCAAUCAGCACUCAACAAAUACAACAAACUCGCUGUCUCUCAAAAUCCCCAAUGGCCUAUGCUUCAGUACAGCAAGGUUAUGUCUUAUGCAGCUCUUGGCAAGUUUGAGAUUCUCAAGUGCUUGCAUUAUGACAUACUUGCAAAGCUAUUUCGCAAUGGCACCCAUUGCGAAAUGGCUAAUAAGUAUUUCAAAAUCAUUCAUGUGCAGGAAGCAAUAACUCGACUGAAUGUUGAAAUAUGA